AUGUAUCGGAUCCCCGCCAAAGCAUGUCCAUGCGCGACUCUGAGAUCCACCCUACGAAAGUUGCACCCGCUUGGGAUCCUCCGUGACGGCCUCUGCUACGCGGUACCUGAGACGGCCAACCUGCUUCUCCAGUGCGCCCGCUUUCCCAUCAAGUUCGGUUCCCGGGAGUUCAUGUCCGCGCACGCCUCGCCGAGCCUGUGCAUCUGCGCCUCUGCCUCCGCGUGCAGCAAAGUGCCCUCGGUGCGCGCGCCCCUUGGGAUCUGGACCAAGGUGCCUGCCGGCCUGCAUGAGGUCGAAGCGCUCGCCGAUGAUGUUCUGCAAGUGCGGGUCGCCAAUGCCCGCGACGGCGCCGCGUGCUGGCCCCAAUGA